GGGUUGCCACCGCCCCCCGUCUACGCUCGGCCUGGGCCCGGCGGAGGGCCGCUGGCGGGCGGGGAGAGCGUGUGGUGCGCCAUGGCUCUGGGCUCGGCUUGGAAGCAGAUGUCGUGGCUGUACUACCAGUACCUGCUGGUCACCGCGCUCUACAUGCUGGAGCCCUGGGAGCGCACCGUCUUCAAUUCCAUGCUAGUUUCCAUUGUGGGCAUGGCUCUGUACACGGGCUAUGUGUUCAUGCCUCAGCACAUCAUGGCGAUACUGCACUACUUUGAAAUUGUGCAGUGAUGAAGAAUGCCUUUUCAAGAAGCAACUUGGCUCUGAGCUCUGGUCUGCAAAGAAGAAUGAACCUCUCAGUUUUAACAAGACUUCUGCCAGUGUCAGAAAGACACAACCAUGACGCCGAAGGCCAGAAACAAGCUGCGUGGCGCAGGGACACGAGGUGUUCCCUCUGUUGUGUUCAUUCCUUUUAAUUUUAACAAGAUAGGCCCUUGUAUAGUAGUUUUGUCUACUUUAACAUUGUGAUUGUUCUUUGAUAUCAGUAUUUUCUUAACUUUGUGAUGGUUUCAAUAUUGCACUGUGAAAGCUUUUCUUAAUUGUAACUUCGAGUAAAUCUUAAUUGCCUUCUAUUUUUAAUCGGAGAAGUCAUCUUAUUAAAUGGGGCUUUAAAGCUUUUGCUAUUGUAUGGUAUGUAUUUGCUGGGUAUUUCUAUGAAUGCUUUUUUUCCCUCUUGGUAAGAAAGUGCAUUUGGAUUCCUAUUUAGAGAUGUGGAUCUAU